AUACCUUUGUCAUUUUGGUCGCAUAUGUAGUAGGGGACAGAGUGGGCAUAGAAUGAGGAUGAUUUCAAUUAAGAUCAUCCCUUUCCUGUUGUUUUUGAGAGCAGUACAUGGAGGAUUUUGGGGCAGUAUAUGCAUGCCAAAUCCAUGUAAAAACGGUGCAUGGUGUAGGAAUGAUGUUUGGGGGAAAAUAUGUAUAUGUACACCGGGCUGGCAGGGAAUAAAUUGUGAUCAGGAUAUCAACGAGUGCUUGGAACAAACUUGUAAGAAUGGCGCCAGUUGCAGUAAUUCUCCUGGUGCGUAUUCGUGCACGUGUAAACCAGGCUGGCAGGGACAAAACUGUGAUCAGGGUGAUGUCAAAGUUUCAAUGCAAGGAGCUACACUUUCGACAAACGGAUUAAUAUGGGCUGAUUGGGUUCCCAACCUAGCCAUCGAUGGAAGAACUGGUCAACCUGACGAAUGUGGAUGUUGUUCCGCCAUGAAAAGGCCGACCUGGCUUCAAUUAAGUCUACCACAAACAUAUUUUGUGAAGUGGGUUAUACUUUAUGGGCGUACAGACCAAGUUAGACAUCAGCUAAGGAAUAUUGUAAUGCUUGGUGGUUAUGACGAGCAUCACAUGGUCGAACAACAGGCCACUAGUUUUUCUGAUACCAUACGAACCUAUGAGAUAAGUCCGCCACAGGCUAUGCAAGCAAUACGCGUGAUUGGCAAUGGAAUAGACUAUAUGACAAUAUGCGAAAUAGAAGUUUACCGACAAAAAGAUUGCGUGAAUGGAAAAUAUGGCCCUAAUUGUGAAAACAGAUGUAAUUGUCGGGAAGGACCUUGUUACACGAUAAAUGGUACCUGUGGGUCAGGAUGUCAGGAUGGCUGGAGAGGAGCCGCAUGCAACGAAACCUGCGACAACGGAUUGUACGGCCGAGACUGUCUGACGAAAUGUGGUUAUUGUCUGAACAACGCUUACUGUAAUAAGACAUCCGGUGUAUGUCCAGUUGGAUGUGCUGCAGGAUAUACUGGUUCUCUCUGCAAAGACGAUAUCAACAAAUGCUCGGCACUCCCUUGUAAGAAUGGCGCCAUUUGCACCAAUCUUGUGAACGCGUAUUUAUGCGAGUGUACACCAGGCUGGCAAGGGAUGAACUGUGAUCAGGAUAUCAAUGAAUGCCUAACUGCUCCGUGUAAAAAUGGAGCCACGUGCAGCAAUCUCCAGAACGCGUAUUCAUGCACGUGUAAACCAGGCUGGCAGGGAAUGAACUGUGAUCAGGAUAUCAAUGAAUGCCUAACUGCUCCGUGUAAAAAUGGAGCCUGGUGCAGCAAUCUUCAGAACGCGUAUUCAUGCACGUGUGUGCCAGGCUGGCAGGGACAGAACUGUGAUCAGGAUAUCAACGAAUGCUCGCCACUCCCUUGUAAGAAUGGAGCCUGGUGCAGCAAUCUUCAGAACGCGUAUUCAUGCACGUGUACACCAGGCUGGCAGGGGAAGAACUGUGAUCAGGAUAUCAACGAAUGCUCGCCACUCCCUUGUAAGAAUGGAGCCUGGUGCAGCAAUCUUCAGAACGCGUAUUCAUGCACGUGUACUCCAGGCUGGCAGGGAAUGAACUGUGAUCAGGAUAUCAAUGAAUGUCUAACUGCUCCGUGUAAAAAUGGAGCCUGGUGCAGCAAUCUUCAGAACGCGUAUUCAUGCACGUGUACUCCAGGCUGGCAGGGAAAGAACUGUGAUCAGGAUAUCAACGAAUGCGCGCCACUCCCUUGUAAGAAUGGCGCCACUUGCAGCAAUCUUCAGAACGCGUAUUCGUGCACGUGUACACCAGGUUGGCAAGGACAGAACUGUGAUCAAGAUAUCAAUGAAUGCCUAACUGCUCCGUGUAAAAAUGGAGCCUGGUGCAGCAAUCUUCCGAACGCGUAUUCAUGCACGUGUACUCCAGGCUGGCAGGGAAAGAACUGUGAUCAGGAUAUCAACGAAUGCUCGCCACUCCCCUGUAAGAAUGGAGCCUGGUGCAGCAAUCUUCAGAACGCGUAUUCAUGCACGUGUACACCAGGCUGGCAGGGAAUGAACUGUGAUCAGGAUAUCAAUGAAUGUCUAACUGCUCCGUGUAAAAAUGGAGCCACGUGCAGCAAUCUUCAGAACGCGUAUUCAUGCACAUGUAAACCAGGCUGGCAGGGAAAGAACUGUGAUCAGGAUAUCAACGAAUGCUCGCCACUCCCCUGUAAGAAUGGAGCCUGGUGCAGCAAUCUUCAGAACGCGUAUUCAUGCACGUGUACACCAGGCUGGCAGGGAAUGAACUGUGAUCAGGAUAUCAAUGAAUGUCUAACUGCUCCGUGUAAAAAUGGAGCCAUGUGCAGCAAUCUUCAGAACGCGUAUUCAUGCACAUGUGUGCCAGGCUGGCAGGGAAAGAACUGUGAUCAGGAUAUCAACGAAUGCUCGCCACUCCCCUGUAAGAAUGGUGCCACUUGCAGCAAUCUUCAGAACGCGUAUUUAUGCACGUGUAAACCAGGCUGGCAGGGGAAGAACUGUGAUCAGGAUAUCGAUGAAUGCGCACCAGCUCCUUGUGAAAACGGCGCCACGUGCACAAAUCUGCAGGACGCGUACUCGUGCAUGUGCGCACCUGGCUGGCAAGGAAAACAUUGUGAUCAGGACGUGAACGAGUGCGCAUCGGCCCCAUGCAAAAAUGGCGCCACGUGCAGGGAUCUUACGAACGAGUACACAUGUGACUGUGUGACAGGAUGGACCGGAUAUAACUGCCAGGAAGAUAUCGACGAGUGUGCAUUGGAAACCUGCAAGAAUGAGGCCACGUGCGCAAAUUUUCCCGGAUUUUUUGAAUGCACUUGCACACCGGGUUGGCAUGGGACACGAUGUGAUGUCGAUAUCGAUGAGUGUGCGACAAACAAUCAACCAUGUAAAAACGGCGCCACAUGCAGCAAUCUUCAUAAUGCAUACUCAUGUACCUGCCCCUCCGGUUGGUUUGGAAAGAACUGUAAUCAAAGUAUAAACUGUGUCGCAAACGGCACAAUAAGCAUGCAGAAACCCAACUUUGCGGCAAGUGUGUUCGCCUACAACAGCAAGGGCAAGUGUGUCGCUGGGUUUUCCGACUACGACCAGAAUGUCGCAUUGAUCGCCGGAUGUGAAAAGAAUCUCUACGUGUAUGUGACGUUCUCCAAUUUCGUGUUCGACGGCGUUGAUUUGCUUGGUGGUGAAAACGUCGAAACCCACGUGGUCAACUGCAAGGAGAUACCAGAAGAAGGUGUCGUCAGGAAUACACUAGUCUAUUACAACUCCUCGUUGGUCAUACAUGACAAGGCCGAGUAUCCGUACGUGGACAUUCGGUCGGCCAUAUACACGAACUCAAUGGAGACUGUGAAAGCGGUCACCAUGGGCAUCGGACAGCCCGUCGUUCUCACCAUUUACACAACCAUGAAUUACUUCUUGAAGCCCGAGGCGUGCUGGGCUUAUGGUGGCCAAGCGGUCAAUGAAUCUGCACCCAAAAGUAAACUCAUAGAGCAAGGAUGUUCCCUGGACACAAAUCUGUGCCUCAACUUCGGUUGGCAGUCGCCUAAGAACGGCACCAAAGUUAACAUGGUGCUAAAGGGUUUCAAGUUCUACGGAUCCGAGUUCAUCACUAUUGUGUGUUCUAUGCGAAUGUGCCUGAUGGAUCAUCCAGACAACUGUGUGAUUUCUUGCAGUAACAGAAAACCUCGUGCUGAAAACGCAAUGUCUGAACUCCAAACAGAACGACUGAUGUCUGUUACGACGAGUAUCAAAGUGGUUGACAAGUAUCAGGAGUGGAAUGCGCUAGCUGGGGUCAGCAAAAAAGAGGCAAGAUAUAUGUGGAAUUUUCUUACGUGCCUCGGCUUACUGCUCAUCGAAUGACAACUUCAUGACUCUCAUUCGAAAUGAAGACAUUGACAUGUUAAUAGCAUAUACACAACCUUGAUCUCUUGCUUUUGUUGUUGCGUUGUCCGGUUUGAUCUAUGUGUUGUGGUUAUUGUUUUGGUGUUCAGUUCGAUAUACUUACAUGUUUGUCAUAAGCAUAUUCACAUGCUUGAUGUUUGAGAUAGUUAUUAAUGAUUUGGUUUGUUUUGUGAUCUGCUUCGACAUAUUUUUAUUGUUCAGUUAUGAAUACCCUUGUUAAUGACAUGUCCACAUGCGUUAUCCCUGAACCUUCUCGCUGGUAAUUUGCUGAUUUGUAUUGUUGUCCAGUUUAAUCUAUUUCAUAUUCAUAAAUUGUUAAUAUAAUUAUUUAUAUUUUUACUAAUUCAUAUGUGAUCUAUUUAUAUAAACAAAUUCAUAUACAUCAAUUAUAUUCAUUUGUUCUUGUUUUAUUGUUCAGUUAGAUAUAUUUAAUGUUAAAGCAUAAUUAAAAGCUUCAUCCCUUUACAUGAUAAUUUGUAAUGUGUUGUUUUGUUGUGUUGUCAAAUUUGAUCUAUGUAUGUAAAAACAUAUACAUAAAUUAUGUUUCAUUGUUGUUGUUUUGUUGUGUUGUUCAGUUGAUAUACAGAUGUUUGAAUAUUUGCAUAUAAUUUGUAUUCAUACAUGUUUACCAAUAUAUAAAAUUCAUUGACUGGUUGUUGCAGUCAUAUUCUUGUUAUGUUCAGUUUAAGUUGUUUGAAAAAGUUUAAAUAAAACACAGUUGAUAUUUCGUACAUUGAGUGUGCAAUUUAAAGACUUAACGGUGAACUUGUCGUUUAGUAAAAGUAAAUCAACAACGAUUGGAGAUUGAAUGACUUCGACUUAGAUCGGGGCUCAUUUUCACCAACCGUUUAAAUUGAACAAUAAUUUAUUUCAUAAACAUAAUACUACACUAAAACUACUUGAAAAUCAAAUCUAGCCUUGCAGGUAACACUUCUAAAGUUUUUAAUUCUUCGUUUAGAACUCUCGGGUAAGAAAAUAAAAUCCACUUGCGCAUGUAUGAAAGCACACUGUGAGGUUGUUUUUGAAGUCAAAGACUUUUUUAAUGUUAAGUCUAAGAAUAGUUUGGUAAAUACGGGCCCAGUAUUAGUAUGAGGGGAUUAGUCGAAACUGUUUCACAUACACACACGCAAGAGGCAAAACUUGUUUAAAAUGACGGUACAUAACGAUAAAUAAUAAAACAUCUCGAUUCCAACUCGACUAUCAUUAUUUGUCCAAGUUUAAUAGGAACUAUACAUUAACUAUUAUGUUCGUAGGUUGGGUCUUAAUUUGCGAUAAGUUUGAAAAACAAUUUUGGUCGUGUUUAAAUAUUUAUUUAAAUGAGUUGAACAUCGCAUUAUGAAAGCUGUUCGUGAGCUACGAAGUUAGAAUAAUAAGUCAUGCAGCUGCAUGCACAUGCAAAAUUCAAACUUAUUAAAUGCAUUUUUUGAAUAUAGCUAUUUUCUACCACGUCGUUAAGUGAUCUAAUGCAUACAAGAAUGUGCAAUACUUGGGACUGGCUUCUACGUACAAGAUUCCCGUCGUCUCCCUCUUAAGAUCUGUAAUAAAAGUCGACGGCAAGUAGUUCAUGAGUGGUAUUUAUGGGAACGAUGCACCUAAGAACGUGAUGGUUUGAUAACGAUGUGCUGCAAUAUAAUUGUGCCAAUUUUACAUUCGGACACUACUAUGAUGUUUAAAGCGUCGGAAAGAAAUCCAAAACUGGGUUAACAAAAGGCACACGAUGGAAUCCAAAGCUUUUGUAUAAUGCCUUUGAACUGAUUUUAAUGGAAUAGCACAAUUAUUACAUAUGUUUUAAUAGCAGAAUUGUGAUUGUCACUGAACGAAAGUUAGUGUUGUUCCUGUACAAAUGUGUACAGAAUCGAGGAUAAAAUAACGAUUUAUCGCAAAGAAAUGUACUUUUUAUGCACAUAAAUUAGACAGCGACAUGAUAAAUAUUUCAAACGUUCAAUGUUAACACUAUUGACUGAUAAAUAACGUGUUUGUUUUUCAAAAUAUUUUUCAUUAUUUGUUUCAAAGUUAUUGUUUUAACAAGGACGAAUUUUCAAUGUUCGGUUUUAAAUGUUGUGUUAU